AGAAGAGCUGCAUCAGGAUGACCAAUAGGCAACAGCUUCAGUGUCAGUGUAAAGCGAAAGUAGGUGGAUAGAAAGAAAAAAAAAAAACAAACGCACACGGAAGGCGCAGACUUAUAUCUCUUUAGGUGUGUUAAAGAGCUGGCGUCGAAAUCAGUGCUUGCACACUAUGGCGCUGUGGGCGCAAAUGACCCCUAAGUUACAGUACCUGCCAACUGAGACGCUGAAUGAACUCUACCCAGACACAUUCCCUCUGGAUGUCAGGCACUAUCUGGCCGGCUGGAUAGAGGAACAGAGAUGGGAGAACUUUGAUGUAGACAACAUGGAGCAGGAGCCUCAGGCCCGAAGGCUGUUGGAUCAGAUGGUGCAUUUGCUGCAGGAGGUGGCCCAACACAAUCCUAACGUGGUGGAGAGGGUCAAACUACAACAUAUCAGCCGGAACUUGAGUGUGUUCCAGCAACAACCCAUGCAACUUGUGAGGACAGUUCGAGAUAUUCUAAGGAAAGAAAGUCAUUUAUUAGCACAGGUUGGUUUGCACCACAACUUCCCACCCUUCCAGCAAAUUCCUCAGGAUCCUCUAGCUACCAAUGGCACCCCACAACCUGCAAGGGAGGAUGGUAAGACUGAUGUGGACAAGCUGGUGCUCAAAGUUCUGGAAAUUCAGAGCUGCCGCCAAACACUUCAUCAGCUUCAAGAGGAUUUGAACUGGGAAAAACAGGAAAUGGAGUCGAUUCAAGGUCAAAAUGAGUUGGAUCCACAGCAUUCAGAUCAAGUCACUAGACAGAAUCGCAUACAGCAGCUUGAGUACAACUAUUCAGUCUGUGCAAAGAAACGCAUGCAGCUCCUUCAAGAGGCCGUGUGCGCUCUGGAGCUUUGCCAGUCCUGUCUUAUUCUCAGAAUUAAGUCCUGGAGGUGGGAACAGUACCGAGCAACCAUUGGCUUGCACUUUGAUGACAACCUUGGCCCUCUUCAGACAUGGUGUGAGCAGUUGCUUGGAGUAAAUAGUAACCUGAGGCAGGAGCUCAUGUUGGUGAAGAGAGACCACGGAGGGGUUGAGCAGUUUCACACGUUGCAGGAAAGCCUGGCACAUCUGCUCCAGACUCUCAUACAGAAUUCAUUGGUAGUAGAUAAGCAGCCUCCCCAGGUCAUCAAAACCCAAUCCAAGUUUUCCACCACUGUACGCUAUCUGCUGGGAGAGAAGAUGGCCCCUGGGAAACCUGUCCUGUUGAAGGCUCAGAUUAUUACUGAGGCUCAAGCGAGACAAGGUGUUGUACCCAAUGAAAAUGUAGGAGAACUUAUCAACAGCACGGCCAUCUUAGAGCACAACACUGCAAGCAAGAACACAUGUGCUACCUUUAGAAACAUGUCCAUAAGGAAGAUCAAACGAGCUGACAGGAAGGGCUCUGAGUCGGUGACGGAGGAAAAGUUCGCUUUGUUGUUUACCACAGAAUUAACCAUCACUGGCUGUGAGAGCCCUUAUAGCAUUCAGACAAUCUCUCUUCCUGUGGUUGUAAUUGUACAUGGUAGUCAGGAAAUCAAUGCUAUGGCGACCAUCAUAUGGGACUGUGCCUUCUCUGAGCCUAACAGGAUUCCGUUCAUCGUUCCAGAGCGUGUGCCCUGGAAGCAGAUGUGUGAAGCUCUUAGCAGUAAGUUCAUGUCUGAAGUGCAGACGCAGCAGGGCUUGGACAGAUACAACUUUCACUUUCUUGCCCAGAAGACCUUCGACCAACCAGACAUAUCUGAAGAUUUCAGCAAUAUGCCAGUGUCCUGGGCUCAGUUCAACAAGGAAGUUCUGCCUGGUCGAAACUUCACCUUCUGGCAGUGGUUUGAAGGGGUGAUGGAUCUUACAAAGAAAUGCCUGAGAGACUAUUGGAGUGAAAAAUUGAUCUUUGGCUUCAUUGGAAAACAGCAUCUCCAUGUCAUCCUGCAAAACAAACCCAACGGCACCUUUCUUUUGCGCUUUAGUGAUUCCGAGAUUGGUGGCAUCACCAUCGCCUAUGUGGGUCCCAGUGAUAACGGAGGCAGGAAAAUCCAGAAUAUCCAACCAUUCACUAAGAAGGAUCUGGAUUCAGCUGGCCUUGGCGACCGCAUACGGGAUAUUAACUGCAUCACUCAUGUGUAUCCAGACUUACCAAAGAACGAAGUAUUUAAGAAAUUCUUUACAGGUGUACUUCCUCAGUCUACACCUCCAUAUAUGCCAGAGCAAAUGCCUGGUCAAGGACCACUCUACACAUCACCCAUGCCACAAGCUCCCUCAAGUGAAGAAAUAGACAUGGAAGCACUGGAGGGAAUUUUGUCAUCAAUUUGUCAAAAUACUAACAAAGAUCUUCAUUAGAGGUACAGCCUCUGUUCUUGUUGGACAAAGGCUAUCAGGUGGCUUGGUGCUUUAAGGACAUCCAGCACAACUCGCACAUCCCAAAAGGACAUAUUACCCAUUUGCUCCCAAAACAAGUGUAUCAGUAGAAAUGUACUUUUCUUACAUUCAUAUCCAUGAAUCAUUGGGCGGUGGGUGUCUUCAUCACAUGGAUUGUAUACAACUCAAUGUCACACUCGCUUUCUCCUGCGUAAACACACUAACCGUGCAGUGUAAAGGAACAGUGUGUUCAACUUAAUAAUCAUAGUGAAUGAUUGCUAGCAACUUUUUAAUGAAAUUUCUACGAGAAGCAGGUGAACCUUUGGUCUCAUUAGUCUUAUUAGCGUGAAGUACCUAAACUCGCAAGUCGUUCCGUUUCGGUCUUAUGACUACUCUUGAAAGUAUCAUUAUAACUGACAAGUGAAACAGGAAAUUAUUUGCUAUCAGGUGAUUUUAUCAAGAGAGACCAAAUAGAUUUAACAUGUUACACAUUUUUGUCUGCCAGAAUUUUUUUUUUCCUUUAAAUUUGAUGCAGAAAAACAUAUUCCAGUGUGGAUAUUUGACCAUAGAUUAGCGAUAUUUUACUCUCAAUGUCCUGAAUGAAAUGGAUUGUCUGCAGAUGCAGACACAGAUGUGAGCUGAAAUGUAUAGCAUCACAGCAUUCUCUUAGAAAUGAUAGGUUUUACUAAACUCUAUGCAAAUAUUCAUUUUGUGCCAUACUCCAUAUAGACAGUAGUUUAUUUGGUUGUUUCAUUUGCAUGACUUGUGCGUGAUCACAUAUUCAACAUUCAGUAUUCGCAUGAGUCUACAAGUUUUUUUAAAUUACAUAUCACUAGCGAGUUUUGCUUUACUCUGCCAUGUAUCAUUUGUUCCUCCAGUUGCACAAAAUGAUCUAUAACUCAAUUUUAUCUGCAAACCUCUCUUUACAUAAUCAAUGGGUAAAAGUCAUGUAAAAUACAUAUCAUGAGCACAAAAUAAGUUUUAAGGUUUUAUGUCAGAUGUAGACAUAAUACUGUGUCCACAUACUCUACAGUGUUCUGUGUCACCUUUUCUGUAUUUAGUCUUUAGUGCUACAAGUCGUCAACGUUCUUAAAAUUGAAAUGUAAUAUACAUAGUUUCUCUACCUUAAACUGUGAUUUUUGCCAUCCAACAAUACUGCUCUAUAUCAUGUAAAAUAUAAAGCUUUCAUCUUAGUGCUUUGAAUAUGAAAAUAUAUCAAAUGGAAUGUUUUUCAAAGGUGCCAUCAGUAACUGUUUGUAUUUAGUCCAGUAGAGUACCACACAUUUUAGUUUCUGUUGUCUAUUCAGAUGUUCUUUCUGUAGCACUAACUGAUAAUUGUGCUAGAUAUGAAUCUGCCUGACCGAUACCCGAAAAUCUCACCAUAUUCCUGUUACUGGCCACAGAGAAGUAUAAAGCACUUACGCAUUUGUCUAUGAAAAAUGUUAAAAGUUGCCAUUUUUCUUUUUUUAAUACAUGUGACCAUAUAAGAAUUUUUUUAAAGAAAUGUUCAUAUUCCCAUCUUUUAAAUCUGAUAAAGUCAAAAUCCAUUAAAGACAGAGUCUCGUGCCUGAGUAUUAAAUAGUUAAGGAUUUGUUCCGAAUAAAUGAUUCUGUCACAUUUCAUAAGAUUAUAAAAUAAAACAAGUAAUUUGACAAUGAAUGAAUGUUAGUGUUAAUUGAGAGAUGAUAAAAAUGGACAAUUGUUAAUGCAAUUUAAGCACACUCCAGAGUCCUCAUCAAACUACCAAAGAAGAGACAUUCACUAACCUGAACUUAUACUCGGCUAUAGCUUUAAAAUUAAAAAAGCAAAUCUUUACAAUUUACACAAGACUUUGAGCACAAAAUGUCUAAUUUUCAUGUAAACAUUGACAUUUAUAUGUAGAAAGUCCAUUUAAUUAAAUGUCUUCAAAAAGAGUGUGCUUACAGAGCCCAAUGGUGAGGUUUGAAGAUCUUUCAGGCGACUCUGGUCUCCCUUCAGUCAGAUCUUGGAUAGGAAGACACUAUUAGGAAAGAGUGCAGAAAGGCAAAGGGUGGGUGUAGUGAUCGCCUUUCAUUCCAUCAGAUCCAAACGCUACAAGAACAUAAAUGUGCAUUUAAAUCCAGACAUCCCAGUCACUCAGCAAUCAUCUAAAUGAAGUGAAGCGUUGACUGAAUUACCGUGAAAAACAGUAAUGGUCAUUGUAUCAUAAUGCAUCCAUGUUUGGAACCAGUUCUGCUCACAUUAGUGAGUUUUAAAAUUUCUUUUACACAAAUACUCUCUCGCCUGAGACAAAAUAUCAUUGCUUUUGAUAUCUAGUUCAGCUACUUACACACAAAAUAAUGCCAAACCCCCUAAUAUAAACAGGACAUCUAUGCAUGCAGAUUUAUGGCAGAAAAAGUUAAAUGAAAAUGCCUGAAACGGUAUGAAUCAGUGAAAAUGUACGCCAUAAUACUUUUGGAAGUACUAAACACAAGUUUUGAAAAUGACACGACGGGAAGAAAAUUAAGUUCUUCAAUCUGGUAAAGGCUAAAUGUUAGGGUAUAACAACUGACUUCUUGUGUUUUGUGUUUACUAUUUUAUAUGAAUGAUGGUGUGACUGCUUCUUUUAAAGAAACACAUGCUGGGCAAUUAGGCCACAGUUAAACAAUACAACAGUUUGAAGCAGACUCAAAGAGGGAUCCAAAUUCCCAAAGGAUUUAUAAAGCUUUUAGUCGUGAAUGAACAUCCAACUAAACCAAGAUUCAAAGGAACGUUUCCUUCAUUUUGGGAGAUAGAAAAAAGAACAUUGCAUUAAUACAAACAGAUGGCGAAUGGUGGAAAUGAAAGAGCCAAACUGGAAACCCUUGGAAAACACACACGCGCACACACCACGCACAACUGAAUAAUGUCGACUGUAAGUAGAAUGUAAAGAAAUCGGUUGCAAAAUGCUAAUAAUAUAGUACGUGUGUCACAUCUCUGAAAAAUCAAAGAAAAAAUAAACUGAAAUGAAUGUGUGAGAUUUAAACCCUGUGAAACUGGAAAGCAUGCAGAAGUCCCCUUCUAGUGUAGUUCACUCUUA